AUGGAUUCGACGUGCUCUUCUGAGAGCAUUUAUAACCUCAUACCCAGUGACUUGAAGGAGCCUCCGCAGCCUCCUAGGUACAUGUCAAUUUUUAAAGCAGCUGUAAAAGAUGACAUGCAAAAAUUUAAAACGGCAAUGAAAACUAUGGGACCAGCCAAAGUUGCAGUGCCUUCUCCAAAGGAUUUCCUAAAGAAACAUUCAAAGGAAAAAGUUCUACCACCUAAAAAAAAAUUUGAUCGAAAUGAGCCCAAAAAGCCUGCUGUGCCAUUGAGGACUGAGCAUCCUGUCAUGGGAAUACAGAGUGGAAAAAAUUUUAUAAAUACAAAUGCAGCCGAUGUCAUCAUGGGAGUAUCUAAAAAGCCUAAACCAAUUUAUGUGGACAAGAGAACUGGAGACAAGCAUGAUCUUGAGACUUCAGGACUAGUUCCAAAGUACAUCAAUAAAAAGGAUUAUGGUGUAAUGCCUGAAUACAUAUGUAAGAGAAAUGAAGAAGUAAAGAGAGCCCAAGAAGCAUAUGAUAAUUAUGUCCAGGAAAGCCUUAAGAAAGCAGCUAUGAAAAGGCUCUCUGAUGAAGAAAGGGAGGCAGUUCUGCAGGGGCUAAAAAAGAACUGGGAAGAGGUCCAUAAAGAGUUCCAGUCCCUUUCUGUCUUUAUAGAUUCUAUACCAAAAAAAAUUCGCAAGCAGAAGCUGGAGGAAGAAAUGAAACAACUGGAACAUGACAUUGGUGUAAUUGAAAAACACAAAAUUAUUUAUAUUGCCAAUAAAAAAUAG